CGCACGUCUCUAUCACCUUAAACACGUCGUUGUUACAAGUGGGAAGGAGGGUCCUACAAGUGGGAGGAUGGGAUCGAGACCCACGCUGAUGGUAGAAAGCCAAAGGUCUGCGAGGGACCGAGGCCCGCCGCCUCUAGCUGUCACCAUCUGCAUCCUUUUAUCGUCAUCACGACAGUGUUAUCGCCGCGGUCUGCACAGCGCUUUGUGUGGGGUCCAGGGUCCUGAAUGAGGGCAGAGCGCUCGCCGGUCCCCACACGGGGAGCUUACGAGUAACUUACACCUGUAAGUAGGAACUGAGGCUCUGGGAGGGCCAGAGACUCGUGGGGUCCCAAGGCUCUGCUCCAUCCUCUCCUCCAGCCUCCCCUCGGGAAACCGAAAGUAAGUAGCAGCCGCAACCGCCCCCGCCGGAGGGGGUGGGAGGUGGAGGCUGUGCGGACCCCCGGGCCACAGUGCAGGACCAGACCCCGGCUCCACGGCCGCUUCACACUUCAGGCUGCUCCAGAGGUCACUUCCUCGCCUCCGGUGCCCAGCCGACCUCGCCAAGGGCUCCCAAGGUUGCGGCCAGCCGGAACCACGGCGUUGCACGUGGCAACAAGAUGAGAAUUUUCUCAAAGCCGUGCCCAAGGACGGGUGCCGUACCUGUCAGGAGGCGUGAGGAAAGAGUGUGCGGGGACGCGGCCAUAACGCGCGAGUCCGGCCGCUCCCAGGGAUCCCCGUGUCCUCUCUCCUCACCGGCUGCUGGGCGCCGCCAUCUCCGUCCCCCGCCCCCGUGGGAGCCGGGCCGUUUCCGGUGCGUCACUUCCGGCGGGCGAGACGCGGAAGGAAAGGAGAGUGGCGGCGAGUGUUGGGCUCCGGGCGGGAGGCGCGGUGCAGAGCUGGAGGUCGGAGGCCUGAGGUUCCUUCGAGAAGACGCGAGGAGUACAGUGUGGCCGAGUCUUCCCGGAAACGAGGCCGCGGGCUCCGGCGACCGGCGCCUCUGCGUCCCGAGGCUUCCCGGCGUCCUGUGGCGGGAUCGCGGUGACCUCGUGCGAGGGGUCACGGCUGGAGCGCGGCCUCCGCGCGCUUCAGUUUCAGUCAAGUUUGGGAUGCUGGUCCAUGGGACAGUGCCUCCAGCCUCCAGUCCGAUCCGCGGCGGCUCUCCUGUCUUGGCUCCUCAGCGGGAGAACUCGGGGUCCCUGGGCCGCAGCAAGGGAGCAUCUCGAGAGGUAGCAGGGUAGGAGUUUGUAAAAGGACAGUGAAGAAAAAAGAUUCAGCUUUUGGAAAGGAGGUAACUGGGUUCUACAAGGACGAUUUGGGUCUUCAUCGUAGAAGGUGAUGGCCGUUUGGGUUCACUUCAGCUAACAUUUGGUAGACACAGAAUACGGAGAAGAGUAAGGUUCUCCAGAUCUGUGGGAGCUUUAGGCCAUGCCAGUCGGGGGUGGGAGACGUUCAGUUAAUGGAGUCAGCCUGAUGGGGUAAUGUAAAAGGUACUGCAGAAAUCAGAUGAGGAGGUACCUGGGGGGCUCAGGGGUUGAGCGUCUGCCUUCCGCUCAGGUCAUGACCGGGGGUCCUGGGAUCGAGUCCCACAUCAGGCUCCUGGCAGGGAGCCUGCUUCUCUCUCUGCCUGUGUCUCUGC